UGAGAGAGAAAUAAGCUUUGUUGAAGUGUCGUUUUCUUAUAUAUACUCUCGAGGUAUAGUAGGAAACACAUUCCAUCCCUAAAUCUUUCACUUUCUUUCUCUCCCAUUCCCUUCCCUUCCCUUCCCAAUCCAUCCUUCUUGCACCACCACACAUCCUCACUCUCUCUCUUUCACAUACAGUUUCUUUUCUUUUCUUUUCUUUCCUUUCUUCAUUUUUGAGUGGUUCUCUUUUCCAAAUCAUCUGUACUUGAAGAGAUAAAACUACCCAGUUGUGGAUUCUCUAUAUUGAAAAAUCAAUCACAGCUGCUUCAAUCUCAUUUCUUUGGGAAUAAAAAUGUCCCAUAAAGGAGGAAUUUUUCAUAGCCAAUCUUUGAAUCAGAUUCCAGACCUCUCACUGCACAUAAGCCUUCCAAAUAGAACUCCUUCUUCAAUAUGCACUGCUACAAAUGAUGAUGCUGAUGAUUCAACUUUUGAUGUUUGGAGCAAAGAUGAUUCUCUGAAACCACACAAAGACAGUUCAAUUAAAGUUGGGUCUCUACCAGAUGAAACCAUCGACCUUACUCUUGCGGCAAAUCCUGCAGCUACUAUAGCUUUACAAGUAGAAAGCCCUUGGAGAAGAAUAAGCUACGCUGGAGGUGGCGGCGGCAGCCAAGCCGAUCAAAGAAAUAAUGUUCUUCUUCAACGUUCUAACGGUGGCUCUAUGAGUCAACUAGAUCGUGGGAUCUCAGGCUUCAAACCCAUAAAAGGGUUUCCUGUUUACAGUUGCUGGAACAUCAAUUCUGGAGAGAUGGAUCCCAGAUUUUGCUUUAACCAAAUACCUUAUCCAUCAUCUUGCACUCCUUAUUCAUCUCCCGGUGAUACCUGCAGUUCAUUUCCGGCUUAUAGAAUGGCGGCACCAUCAGUUCGACCACAGUUCCAGUACCAUCAAUACGGCGGUGGAGUGGUGGGAGGUGCUGAAGUUUAUGGAGGUGGAAUGAUUAGAUCAAGAUUUACACCAAAAUUACAAAACAAGAGGAACAUGAGAGCACCAAGAAUGCGUUGGACAAGUUCUCUCCAUUCUCGUUUUGUUCAUGCUGUGGAGCUGCUUGGUGGCCAUGAAAGAGCUACACCCAAGUCAGUUUUAGAGCUGAUGGAUGUCAAAGAUCUAACACUAGCACAUGUCAAAAGCCACUUACAGAUGUAUAGAACUGUUAAGAGCACUGACAAACCUGCAGCUUCCUCAGAUGGAUCUGCUGAUGAAGAUUUCUUGUCUGUAACAACUCCCAUUAAUCAAAUUUCUAACCACAAAACAUCUUCAUGUGUAUCUCUACAACAUGAUGAUGGUUACACUACUUCCUCAACUCCAUGGAUUAACUCUUCCAGCAGAGAAAGAUGGGUGCAAAGCAGUUCAAGGGAUAUGGAAGGGCUUAGACCACCACAAAACCAAUUAUCUCACCAAGCAUUUGAGAUUUAUGUGCAGGAAAGUGAAAUAAGAAGCUUUAGAUCAGUUUGUAAUCAAUUACUUGAGACUCCAAGUUUGGAGUUUUCCUUAGGAAGACCAGAUUGGCAAAGCAAACUACAUGAUUAAAGCUUUUGCAAAGCAAACUACCCAUCUUUUUUUCUUUUUUUUAGGAAAA